CAAAAAACAAACCCUAAUCCUCAAAUCCCCAUUCCCUGACAUCCAUUUUCCAUUCGCAGAGAAGGGAAGAGAAGAGAGAGACAGAGAUGUCGCACUUCGGGAGAACCGGUCCACCGGACAUCACCGACACCUACUCUCUCCUUGUCCUCAACGUCACUUUCCGGACGACCGCCGAUGAUCUCUUCCCGCUCUUUGACAAGUACGGCAAGGUCGUGGACAUCUUCAUUCCUAGAGAUCGAAGGACUGGUGACUCACGAGGGUUUGCAUUUGUUCGGUACAAGUAUGCAGAUGAAGCACAGAUGGCAGUGGAUAGGCUAGACGGGACACUUGUUGAUGGUAGAGAGAUUGCUGUUCAGUUUGCAAAGUAUGGGCCGAAUGCUGAACGGAUUCACAAAGGAAGGAUAAUUGAAAAGGUUCCGAGGAGCAGAGGCAGGUCAAGAAGCCGUAGCCCCCGCCCAAGGUACCGUGAUGAUUAUUAUGGAGGCAGGGAUUACCGAAGGAGAAGCCGUAGUAGAAGUGGGGAUAGGUAUGAUCGUGACAGGUACCAUGGGAGGGAACGUGGUUAUCGGUAUCGCAGCAGGAGCCGUAGCAUAAGUCCAGACUAUGAUAGAGGCCAUCGUGGUCGGGGACGCUAUGAGGAUGAGCGGCAGAGGUGUAGGAGCCGAUCAGUUGAAAGUACCUCUCCGCCUCGGCGUAGUCCCAGCCCGCGACGAAGUGUGUCCAUGCGAAGGACACCAUCUUCUGGGGGUGAAAGUCCUGAUAGACGAAGCCACCAUGAUCGGUCUCCAACACCUCGGAGCCUAUCAACACGGGAUCAACUUGUUGAUUCUCGUAGUGCUUCUCCUAGGAAUUCAAUUGAUGAGUGAUUGUUGCAACAUGUUUAAGUUGCGGAGGGGACAAGAAGGAAGUGCAUCCCUUGUGACCAUCUUGUUGAUUUUGUCGGAGCCUCGAUUGUCAUGCAUGUUCUAGACAGUCUUUAGUGCUAGUUUGUUAUGUUCGGGAAAAGAUUGAAUGGGGCAGAUGGCCAGGUGAUGAUGUUGUGGCCGUUGACGCUGUUUAUAAGUCGUAGAUGCAUGAUCGUGUUUUUGAUGGUGGUUGUGAACAGCAGAAUAUUGGUUGCAGGGAACAAUAUAACAAUCGAAUUUCUCUGAAUGAUACCAUGAUUGGUAAGGUUUAUAUUUGCAUCAUUUCAUUUUGAGUAAUCUUAUGUCCUCUUCUAACAAAAAACCUCAAGGUGGACAGAAAGGGUACACAGUCCACCUGUAGCUGAUGAUGCUGGUGACAAGGGCCCGUUAUUCAGUUACAAUGUGGUGAUACUACGUAGUACCCUGAUGACCAAAGUGUGUUCCUGUAGCUGAUGAUGCUAGUGAGAUGGACCUGUUAUUCAGUUACAUUGAUUCUGAUACUAAGUAGGAACCCUAAUGGAUUGAGUGUGAUUGUGUGUCCCCCC